CGGCCCUUUUAAGGCGGAGGGAGACGGGGGCCGGGCCGGGCUCAGCCCCUAUAUAGGGCGGGCGGAGGCGGCCCCGUUUUCUCUCUCUCCCGGCCGCGCCGCAGUCCCCGCACCAGGGACCGAGCCCGCUCCUGCCCGAUCUCCCGCUACCCGUCACGAUGCCUGAAGGAGUGCAGCAUGGGGAGGAGGAAGUGGAGACCUUCGCCUUCCAGGCAGAGAUCGCCCAGCUCAUGUCCCUGAUCAUCAACACCUUCUACUCCAACAAGGAGAUCUUCCUGCGGGAGAUCAUCUCCAACGCCUCUGAUGCCCUGGACAAGAUCCGUUAUGAGAGCCUGACAGAUCCCUCAAAGCUGGACAGUGGCAAGGAGCUAAAAAUUGACAUCAUCCCAAACCCCCGGGACCGCACCCUAACCUUGGUGGACACAGGUAUCGGCAUGACAAAGGCUGACCUCAUCAACAACCUGGGCACCAUUGCCAAAUCUGGUACUAAAGCCUUCAUGGAAGCCCUGCAGGCUGGCGCUGAUAUCUCUAUGAUUGGGCAGUUUGGUGUGGGCUUCUACUCCGCCUACCUGGUGGCCGAAAAGGUUGUAGUCAUUUCCAAACACAAUGACGACGAGCAGUAUGCCUGGGAGUCAUCGGCAGGGGGCUCCUUCACUGUCAAAUCCGAUCAUGGCGAGCCCAUCGGGCGUGGCACCAAGGUGAUCCUGUACUUGAAGGAGGAUCAGACAGAGUACCUUGAGGAGCGGCGGGUCAAGGAGGUGGUGAAGAAGCACUCCCAGUUCAUCGGCUACCCCAUCACCCUUUAUCUAGAGAAGGAGCGGGAAAAGGAAAUCAGUGACGAUGAGGCAGAGGAAGAGAAGGGGGAGAAGGAGGAUGAGGACACAGCCCCCAAGGAUGAGGAGAAGCCCAAGAUUGAGGACGUGGGCUCAGAUGAGGAGGAAGAGGAGGGUGGUAAGGGCAAGAAGAAGAAGACCAAGAAGAUCAAGGAGAAAUACAUCGACCAGGAGGAGCUGAACAAGACCAAGCCCAUCUGGACCCGCAAUCCUGAUGACAUCACCCAGGAGGAAUACGGAGAGUUCUACAAGAGCCUCACCAACGACUGGGAGGACCACCUGGCUGUCAAGCACUUCUCUGUGGAGGGACAGCUGGAGUUCCGAGCUCUGCUCUUCAUCCCACGUCGCGCCCCCUUUGACCUCUUUGAGAACAAGAAGAAGAAGAACAACAUCAAGCUGUAUGUGAGGCGUGUCUUCAUUAUGGACAGCUGUGACGAGCUCAUCCCAGAGUACCUGAAUUUCAUCCGGGGUGUGGUGGACUCUGAGGACCUGCCUUUGAACAUCUCCCGGGAGAUGCUGCAGCAGAGCAAGAUCCUCAAAGUGAUCCGCAAGAACAUCGUCAAGAAGUGCCUAGAGCUCUUCUCAGAGCUGACCGAGGACAAGGAGAGCUACAAGAAAUUCUAUGAGGCCUUCUCCAAGAACCUCAAGCUUGGGAUCCAUGAGGACUCAACCAACCGGAAGCGCCUGUCGGAGCUGCUGCGCUACCACACGUCGCAGUCGGGUGACGAGGUGGCCUCGCUCUCUGAGUAUGUGUCCCGCAUGAAGGAGACUCAGAAAAGCAUCUACUACAUCACAGGUGAGAGCAAGGAGCAAGUGGCUAACUCCGCCUUUGUGGAGCGUGUGCGGAAGCGCGGCUUCGAGGUUGUGUACAUGACGGAGCCCAUCGAUGAGUACUGCGUGCAGCAACUCAAGGAGUUUGAUGGCAAGAGCCUGGUGUCAGUCACCAAGGAGGGGCUGGAGCUGCCCGAGGAUGAGGACGAGAAGAAGAAGAUGGAGGAAAGCAAGGCGAAGUUUGAGAACCUCUGCAAGCUCAUGAAAGAAAUCCUGGAUAAGAAGGUUGAGAAGGUCACCAUCUCAAAUCGGUUGGUCUCAUCACCGUGCUGCAUUGUCACCAGCACCUAUGGCUGGACGGCCAACAUGGAGCGUAUCAUGAAGGCCCAAGCGCUGCGGGACAACUCCACCAUGGGAUACAUGAUGGCCAAGAAGCACCUGGAGAUCAACCCCGACCACCCCAUCGUGGAGACCCUGCGCCAGAAGGCCGAGGCUGAUAAGAACGAUAAGGCUGUCAAGGACCUGGUGGUACUGCUCUUUGAGACAGCCCUGCUCUCCUCUGGCUUCUCCCUGGAAGAUCCCCAGACCCACUCCAACCGCAUCUACAGGAUGAUCAAGCUCGGGUUGGGUAUCGAUGAGGAUGAGGUGAUUGCAGAAGAGCCCAGUGUUGCGGUCCCUGAUGAGAUCCCCCCACUAGAGGGGGAGGAAGAUGCAUCCCGCAUGGAGGAGGUGGACUAAAGGGGGCCAUUCCCCCUCCCAUCUUAGCUCCCUGCAUCAUCUCUGCUUGGAAGGGGCAGGGCCUGGCCUCUGCAACUGCUACUGACUCCUCGCUCCCCUAGUGUUGUGUUUUUCCCCACUUGUUUCCCACUGUCAGUAGUGGGUGGGGUUGCAGGGUCCUAGCCCUGUCUGGUCCAUCUGUCUUUCUGCUUGUGUUGAACCAGCUGCUUGGGGGGGUGGGUUGUGCUGAUGGGUUCUGAUUUUCCCCCAUGGGGGGUCUUGUGCUGCUCCUGGGCACUAAGCACCCACCCUGCCCCAGCUGGGGUGAGCACUGAGCUUGAGCGUCCCUGCCCCCUCCCCCCAAGCACAGCAGGGAGCCCAAUCCCCACCCCCUGGUUGCUGCCUGCAUCCUAGGGUAGGAUGUUGUAUUUUGUCGGCCGUUUGGUUUUUUGUUCUACUGAAAUUUAAUUAAAGUAUCAAAUAGAGAAUGCGGUUUACACA